AUGAGGAUCAACUGCUCGGGGGUCGUCCGCGGCGACGAGAAGGCCAUCCAGGAGGCCCGGCUCAGCAACCUGGAGGUUGCCAACAAAAGAGUUUCCUUGACGCCCGGUGAGUACCUGAACAUGACGAAGGACUGCAGCAACUUCAAGGAGACCCGGCGGUUCAUCGAGUUCCCGCUGAGCAUCAACACAUGCGGCACAGAUUUCCCCAUCAAGACCAACGCGGAGAUCAUCCGUGCCCUGAAGGUGCUGCAGGGGCAGAACAGCAUGGAGUCAGAGAAGCCCUCGGCCCUCAAGCAGGAGCGCUGGCGGUACCACCACAAAGUGGGGAAGUUCAUCUCCCGGACAGCCACAGAGAAGCUGCCGCCACCCCACAACUCCCCCAUGUUCACGGGCAGCGCAUACAUCGUGGUCACACGGGCCUUCGUGCAGCACAUCUUCGAGAACCCCACGGCGCAGCAGUUCCUUGAGUGGGCCAAGGACACCUACAGCCCUGACGAGCACGUCUGGGCCACCCUCAACCGCAUGCCCGGCGUGCCAGGCGCCAUGCCCCAGAGUGACAAGUUCACCGCCCUGCCCCGCCUGGUCAAGUGGCAGUACAUGGAGGGCGACACCAGCAAGGGCGCGCCAUACCCACCCUGCACCGGCCGGCACCAGCGCUCCGUCUGCAUCUACGGGGUGGGCGACGUGCCCUGGAUGCUCCAGCAGCACCACCUCUUGGCCAACAAGUUCGACCCCCGAGUGGACGAUGCCGCCAUCCAGUGCCUGGAGGAGCACCUGCGCCACAUGGCCCUCUACCGCCGGGGGACUUGA